UCAUUUGUACACAAAGUCUUACAUGGUAUCAGAGCCAACUUGGGACUCUUGAAACCCUAGGAUUCCCGAUCGUGCUGCGUGAGUUUCGUCGCUGACUGCUCCUGUGCCGACGCCAUGACAGAAGGUGCCGCAAAGAAGGUGCUCAUUCCUAUUCACGACCCGUCCUCUCCAUAUUACCUUCAUCCGUCCGAAGGUCCAGGGAAUUUUCUCAUGAAAUAUCUGCUGCGUGGAGAUAACUUUGAUACAUGGGAGAAGGCUGUUUGUAAUGCUUUAAAGGGACGUGGCAAAGCGAAGUUUUUGGUUCCCGACGGUUUCCCAAAGCUGUCUGACGACCUUGAGUAUGCGGCCUGGGAAUCGAACAACUCGAUUAUCUGUGCUUGGAUUCUGAACAGUGUUGACGAGUCUGUUCAACCAAGCAUCAUGUCUCACUCGGCUGCUCACGAGUUGUGGUCGGAUUUAAAGUCUCGUUAUGGUGGUUCGAAUGGGCCUCGUGUCCAUCAGUUGAAAACCGAGAUUUGCAAGUGUGCGGCUGCCGCGUUGAUUCGUGCGGACGUGGAACACGAGAAAACUCACAUGUUUCUUCUCGACCUGGAUGAUGAACAAUAUAGGUCAGCCCGUUCCCAAAUCCUCGGGACGGAACCCGUGCCAGACAUUAGUCGUGUUUACUCUUUGGUCGCUCGAGAGGAACGUCACUGUUCCAUUGUUCGUGCUCGGGAUGAUCGCAUGGGCGCGAUGGCAUUUGCCGUGGGUCGUGCCCCUCCUCCGGUCCACUAUCAGUGCACCCAUUGUGGUAAAAUCGGACACACGGUGGAUUGCUACUACCAAAUUAUUGGUUUCCCUGGCGGCAGGGGGGCAUGGUGGUGGCAGGACGGGCCGUGGUGGUCGGACAGGAGGACGGGGGACCAAAGGCAGUGCAGCUCCUGGAAGCGAGGGGACGACCAAUGCAGUGACUGUGGAGGCGUCUGGUGCCGUGCAAUCCAGCGAGGCUAUCCCGGCGUCGUUGUCCUCCGAUCAAGUGACACGUCUUCUCUCGAUGCUCAGCCCUUCGUCUUCCAAUAUGAUGUUGAAUGGUAUGCCACAGUCCACUUCCAGAGUUCCGGUGAUUGCCUUGUCGAUAGCGCUGCGUCUCACCACAUGACGGGUACAAUCUCUUUUCUUCUUGAUGUUUGCCCGAUUCCGUCGUGCCCUAUCACUCUGCUAGUGAAAGGUAACCAUGCAAGAAUAGGUAGCGGAAAAUAAAAAUUUUAACAUCCUAACAUGAUUAUCUUGCCCAGAAUCACGUACUAAAACUUAUAGUAAAUAAGAAAUUUAUACCUUUUUC